AGGCCCUAGCUCGUUAGUUCUCUUUUCUCAUUUGUUUUGCUUCCGAAAUCUCUCUCUCUCUCUCUCUCUCUCUCUCUCUCUCUCUCUCUCUCUCUCUUUUUGAUUCUGUUUUUCUCUGAUCUGGUGGGUAUCUGUGUUGUUUAAUACAACUAGUUUAGUGUAGCUGUUCAUUUGAUUUUGCUCGGCAGUGGCAGGUAAUAGCGGCGCAUCCCCCCGUAUAUAAAUAUAUGAUAUGAGAUAACAAAUUUAAGGUUAUACAUAUAUAUAUACAUGCUUGUGGUUUUCAUUAAUUGUAGUUGGCAACAAUGACAGCUCCAAAUAUGGAGGCCAUAGCGGCUUCCUUAGAGAGGUCUCUUCAAAACUGUUCGUUAAACAACCACCAAACCGGGAGGGAAGACGGCACAGCCGCAGAUGCAGCAGGCAUAGGAAUUUCAUCCAGCUCAGAUGAUGUCCCAGAUAAUCAUAUAUCCAACUCCGACACCACUUUAGAGCUCAACUCCCACAUUUCACUCCCUUACCAUUGGGAACAAUGCCUAGAUUUAAAGGUUCAAUUCCCUUGUCCUUCUUCUCUUUUCUCUUUUCGGUUACAGACGGGGGAAAUUUAUUACAUAAACUGGAGGAACGGGAUGAAAGCAAAGGAGGAUCCAAGAAGGGCAGCAGAGUAUAGUGUGAAUAGGGAUUAUGAGUCGGAAGAAGAGAGCUGGUACGACAGCGAAGAGUCUUCAUCGGAGUCAUGCCCCUCUUCAUCCAAAGAACACUUUCAGGGAAUCGUAGAGAAACAGAAUGUUCUGGUGGUGGCUGGGUGCAAGAGCUGUCUCAUGUAUUUCAUGAUGCCCAAACACGUUCAAGACUGCCCAAAGUGUACUGGUAAACUCCUCCACUUUGAUCGAUCCGAAAAUGGCUCUCCAUGAUUCCCAUUUUUUCUUCUCUCAAUUCCACCCUUCCCCCUCCUUGUCUUUUUUUUUUUUUUUUUUUUUUUUUUUUUUUUUUUUUUUUCCGCCUUUUCAUUUCGCCAAUUAGUGUGAACUUAUAGUUCUCUUCUCCCUCUCUCUCUCUCUCUCUCUCACACACACUCUUUUUGUUUAUUAUUAGGAUGAAAUUUUUCAUCUUUUCAAGUAAGAGACCCUUCUUUGUGUUUGGAUCUUCAGAAUAGGUCUGCAUUUGUUC